AUGCACGUGAAGCGGGAAGUCAGGAGGAAGGAGCAUGCAGACGCAUCGCCACAUCACCAGGGCGCGAGCAAAAGGAAGUCAUGCGAAGGAGGUGGGACGGAGGAAGACGACGAGACCAAGUCACCAAAGAGAGGAGAUUCUCUCUCCUCUCCUUCUCCUUCCUCAGCUGCUCUCCCUGCUGCUGCUACUGCUGCUGGAGUCAGCUCAGAAGACGGAAGCCUGGAGCCCGAGAGGCUGGCGGGUCUCGGGAAGCGACUUGACGCGCAGCAGUCGCGACUUGUCAAAGUUUGUGAGGCUCUCUUGCAGAUGCUUGACAGGCAGGAGCAGCCGAAGGCUCCUGUGACUAUGGUUGACUCGCUGAUCAACCAAGUCGCUCUCUCUGUCUGCACGAACCAGGAAGAGGCCAAGAGAUCAGCCGAGAUGCUGAAGCAGAUGAAGGAGGUCGAGCAGAAGCUCGAGGAGGACAAGGGCAGAGUCUUCUCUUCCCUCUUCCCGGAGGCUCCGCUCCCAAGCACAGAAAGAGAGCCUAAAGUUGGAGAGCUCCCCGCUCCUGCUCCUGCCCCUGCUCCUGCCUCUGCUCCUGCUCCUUGA